ACAGAUGAGGGCUGGACCAUUUUUAAGUCAAUGGAGUUCCGAAAUCUUAUUUCUUGGAAUUCAAUGAUUGCAGGAUUUCAAUCUCGUGGACUUGGCGACCAGGCCAUUUGCCUGUUUACACAAAUGUAUCAGCAUGGCAUUGGGUUUGACCGUGCCACCCUACUUAGUGUCCUUUCUUCCUUGUCUGAAUGCAGUAAUACUGAUGAUAUUGGCAGCAGACAUCUCUGGAGGUGUUUCCAAUUGCAUUGUCUCUCUAUCAAAAGUGGGUUUAUUUCACAAGUUGAAGUGAGAACUACAUUGCUCAAAUCCUAUGCAGAUCUUGGCGGGUGCAAUUCUGACUGUUAUAGGCUCUUCUCUGAAACAAGUUCUUAUCAAGAUAUUGUCUUAUGGACUGCUAUUAUCACAGUGUUUGCAGAACAAGAUCCUGAGCAUGCCCUUUUUCUCUUCUGCCAAAUGCAUCGGAAUGACUUUGUACUGGAUUGGCAUGCAUUCUCAAUUGUCUUAAAGGCUUGUGCAGUCUUUGUUACUGAGCAGCAUGCCUUGGCGGUUCACUCGCAAGUAAUUAAAAAGGGUUUUCAAGAAGACACUGUAAUUGCAAACGCGUUGAUCCAUGCUUAUGCAAGGUGUGGCUCCUUAGUAUUCUCUGAACAAGUAUUUGAUGAGAUGGAUUGCCACGAUUUGGUUUCCUGGAAUUCAAUGCUCAAAUCUUAUUCCUUACAUGGAAAAGCUAGAGAAGCACUGCAGCUGUUUCAGCAGAUGAAUGUCAAUCCAGAUUCUGCAACUUUUGUUGCUCUCCUCUCAGCUUGCAGCCAUGCUGGGCUUGUUGAAGAAGGAGUGAAAAUAUUUAACGCUAUGCCUCAAAAUUAUGGACAUGCUCCUCAGCUAGAUCACUAUGCCUGCAUGGUUGACCUUUUUGGACGGGCUGGGCGAAUGGUUGAGGCUAAUGAUUUGAUACACAAGAUGCCAAUGAAACCUGAUUCUGUAAUCUGGAGUGCAUUACUUGGAUCUUGCAGAAAGCAUGGUGAGGCCCACUUGGCCAAAUUAGCAGUUGAUAAACUUAUGGAGUUAGAGCCUAAAAAUUCAUUGGGCUAUGUGCAAAUGUCAAACAUAUAUUCUUCCGCUGGUAGUUUUAAUGAAGCUAGCUUGAUUAGGAAAGAAAUGAGAGGCUCUAGGGUGAGAAAAGAACCUGGAUUAAGCUGGAUUGAGAUUGGAAAGAAGGUUCAUGAGUUUGCCUCAGGAGGUCAACGCCAUCCACAGAGGGAGCUCAUACUCAACAGGCUUGAAAUAUUGAUUAGACAGUUAAAGGAAAAGGGUUAUGUGCCAGAGACAAGCGUUGCCUUGUACGACACAGAAGAGGAGAAAGAGGAGCAAUUGUUCCAUCAUAGUGAGAAGAUGGCAUUGGUAUUUGCCAUAAUGAAUGAAGGCGGUUUGCCUUAUGGUGGUAAUGUCAUAAAAAUUAUCAAGAACAUUCGUAUUUGUGUAGAUUGCCAUAACUUCAUGAAAUUAGUAUCAGAUGCAUAUCGAAAGGAGAUUAUUGUGAGAGACUCAAACCGCUUCCACCACUUUAAAGAUGCCCGAUGCUCGUGUAAUGACUAUUGGUGACAUAUUAACGAGCUGCAAGAUAUGGGGUACAAGACGCGGGGAAGUUCCAUGCUUUUGAUGUUUGAAGCAUUUGCUUAAGCAGGAAACGUAUUUG